AUGGGAAAUUUAUUCUCUUCAGUUUUUUUCAAACUAUUUGGUAAUAAAGAUGUUAGAAUUUUAAUUUUAGGUUUAGAUAGCGCUGGUAAAACUACAAUUUUAUAUAAACUUCAAUGUGGUGAAGUAUUAACCACUAUACCUACUAUUGGAUUUAACGUUGAAUCAAUAACAUAUAAAAAUAUACGAUUUUUCCUAUGGGAUUUGGGUGGGCAAAGUGCGAUACGUCCCUAUUGGAGAUGUUAUUAUCCAAAUACAAAUGCAAUUAUUUAUGUAGUAGAUUCAUCAGACCCUGAUAGAUUAGGUAUUGCAAAUGAAGAAUUAGUGGCAAUGCUUUCAGAGGAAGAAUUACGUACAACCCCAUUAUUAGUUUUCGCAAACAAACAGGAUUUACCAGGUGCUCUAACUGAUGCCCAAGUUAGCGAAGGUUUAAAACUAUCAUCAUUAAAAAAUAGACAAUGGGCAAUUUGUAAAACUAGUGCAAUUAAUGGUGUUGGAAUUUAUGAAGGUUUAGAUUGGUUGGUAAAUGUUAUAAGUUCAGGAGGAAGCUAA